AGGAAAUUUUUAGAAAAUUAUACCUGAGGGGGACCACAGGCUUUUUUUCGUCAGAAAUAUUUUUGUACCAAACACUGAUGAGUCGUUGUAGAAUUUAACGCUGAUUUCGAAUAUGCUAUUAGUUUUGCCUUUUGCAUUAGUUAUUGUUAUGAAAAUUGGUCAAUAAAUGCACAUUUUUCGUCUUUUUCCUACAUAAUAUCAUUCAACAGCGAAAAAAUUCAAAUUUCUCAACAAAAAUAUAAAAAUUUGAAAAAACAAAAUAGGUACUUUUGUAGCCCAUGAUUUGGCGAUUCUAAUGAGAUGAGACAAUUGUUUCUACCUCUUCUUGCAAAAAACUAGAUAGCUUUACAAGAACGCUCACUGACACAUACUUUUCGUGUGAUGGAGCUAUUUAUAUGAGAUAAGAAAUUUUUUUCUUUUUUAGGUCUAUAUCUAACCAAAUAACAAUUUCCUAUUCAGUUUUUCAUGCUGAUUCAGAAUAUAGUACUUUAAAAAUGAUCAGAAAAUAACUGAAAAAGAAAUUUGCUGGUUUUCGUAAAAAACAAAAUUUUAACAUAAAAGCAGCAUUUUUUCAGGCGUUCUAGUAUUUUAAGAUUUUCUCAGCCAAACAGUAACUAAAUCGAAAUAAAAAGUAUGUAUUCGUCAUCAGCUUUUCAAGCUCUAUCAAACCAUAUACAAAUAAACGAAAAAGAAAAUUUACUCCAAUUCUGCUUUAGCGGCACCUAAUAUAAAAAUGGUAUCGAUUUUAGAAAUUUUUUUUAUCCGGCAGGGUCGUUUUAUUUCAUUGAGGCUUGAAUGUCUCUUUUGAAUAUUCUGAGGUAGACUAUUUUUUUCAUGAUUCUUCCAGUAAAAAUAGCAUGUCGAAUAGAACAAAAAAAGAAAGCAGAAUUCUAAUAAAAUGCUCCAACAUUUGUUUUUUAAAUUAAUAUUAAUGAGAAGCUUGGGGAAUAGUUGUGAUACGUAACACAUUUUUAGUUAUCAAAUAAUUGUUUCGGCUUAAUAAAUAUUAUUUUUACAGAUAAUGUGAAAUAAAAUAUUCGUACGCUUGCCGCUUAUUACUGUAUAUUAAAACAACUAAUUUGUAAUAAAAAAAAAUGUUUUUCAUUGUUAUAUUCGUUUUUGAAAUCUAUAGUGGCUUCAAUCUCGGCGAUGAAUUUAGAAGACGAAUACUUCAGACUAUCGACUUCCACUUAUUUAGUUUAUUCAUGACUCCAUGUAAAAGUAGCGAUUUUAAAAGCAAACGAAUGUAGGUAGCAAAGAAAACUUGUGAGAUAGAAAAAAAUUCUGAAUGUCUUCUACGCAUGAAAAUGAAAUGAGCCUAACUUUUGAUUACAACUCUAACAGCAUUGUCGCUUUUCUUACUAAAAAAAUCUGAUCAGGUUAAUGAAAUAUGCUCUCAUUUAAUUUUUCCAUGGGAAUUCGUUUCCCCUUGAGGGAAUACUAAUUUAGAAAAGAAAAAUAGUUUUCUUCAUCGUGAAUGUGUUUUUAGCCUUGUCGUAGUCUGAAAUCUACCAAGGUUGAAUAAUUUACACAAUGCUAACUCUUAGUAGUAAACGCUGCGCAAAAUAUUGGACAAGCAGUUACCAAAUUUAUAAGAGGGCUAGCCAUCCUUAUCAUAUUAGAAAUUAAUCGAUUUGAGUUCAGUCGGUGUACGUGAUGGUAUUUUAGACCUAUGCUCGUUUUAGAAUUCUCUCGAAUUUCACAUCAAUCUUCGUUAACUUACAGGAUGAUGGAUACUACCAGGAUAUUCAAUUUUUUUCUGGAACACUAACAGAAAGUUUCAUUUCAAUGGUAAACAAAGAAACCUUGGCAGGAUUACGAAAUAAUUACGCUUUCCGACUGCAUCAAAACUAACUUUGAACAAGUUUUAAAUAAUAAAUAUUAACUUAAGUAAAACUGGGUAAUCUAUGAAUUGCACGAAGAAUCGCUAAAUUAUUGUGUAACACACUUUUAUAACUGUAAGAAAAAAAGUUGUGGCUUUCAUUUUAAUUCUAAAACUCAUUCGUCAAUAUUUAAUAUUAAUUUUAGUUACAUCUGGUUAUACGUCACGAUCGUUGAAACAGAAUCAUCAUCAAUAUGAACGAUUAAAAUUAUCUCGGGUUAAUUUAGAAAUACUUUCUAAUGCGAUGAAAACAACGUUAACAUUAUCGUAUGAUAUUUUACUUGUUCUAUUUCUUGAAAUACGUCUUCAUUGUUUUUAUCAUUUAUCAUUAUUGUUUCGUAAUGCAUCUCAUUAUGCAUCAGUUAUUGAUGCAGAUCCUGAUGAAAAUAUAAUGACAUUAAAUCGUGAUUUAACACGUUUACAAGAAACAUUACAUUCAGCAUUGAAUGAAAAAAAAUUCUCAUUUUUAUUUCAAGGUUUUGGAUUUGCUUUAGCAACAAUAUUAAUUCGUUCAGCACCACGAUUUAUACACAUAAGUGAAACGGGUGUAACUAAAAUGUGUCGAAAUAUAUUUGCCAUUGAGCAAACAUUAACACAAAUUCGUACAGUUGGCGAUGCUGAAUUAAUGCGUGUAAAUCGUUAUUGUGAAUUCUUACAUGCAACAAGAGCAGAUGAAAUUCUUGCAAUUAUUGAAGAACAUAGAUCUGAAUAUACUGAACAUGAUUAUAUUUAUUUAUUACAAUUAAAACAUCUAGGUUUUCCAGCAAGUGAAAGUGUGGAAUGUAAUCUUACAUCACUUCAAUCAAAUCUUCUUCCAAUUCCGCUAAUGGAACAAACAUUUCAAAUUAAUAUUACCGAUGUUUUACCAGAAGAUAUGAGACCUAAAUCAAAUCGAAUGGCAACUCUAUCAAUAAAGCGAUGUGCAUUACCACUCGUACCUGCUUACUGUAUUACUACACAUUAA